AAAUUGCGCACUCGUCUCUGCGCAGGUAGCCGUAUUCGACCUUGAGCCGUAUUUCUCAAAAAAAUCUUGAAAAUGAGAGCCUCCAGCAGGCAGAUUGUUGCUUCGAUUCAGCGCCGGCUUUAUGCCUCUCAAGCAGCCCAAUCUCAGACAGAACAUGCCCCACUUACCAAGCAAAGUCCCAAGGUCACCCGCUUGCCCAACGGUGUGACUGUGGCCUCUGUUGAGAACUACUCGCCUGUCACAAAACUAGCAGUUGUUUUCAAGGCUGGGGCUCGGUAUGAGACUGGAAGCAACCUUGGAAUAACGCAUUGCCUUCGUAAUGCUAGCAGUCUGUCUAAUAAUAAGUGCACUGGCUUUGGACUCACUAGGAGCAUCAAUCAGAUUGGAGGAAGCCUGGACUGUACUACUACAAGAGAGCAUAUGAUAUACACGACAGAAUGCUCACGAGACCAUGUCGAUACUGCAGCGGAGUACCUCUCUUACGUCAGCUGCAAUGUUGGCUUGAAGCCGUGGGAAUUGAAAGAUAUGCAGCCACGUUUGAACGUUGAUCUGGCCGUGUUAGCAGAACAGCCCGAGUCGCACUUGAUUGAGUUACUUCACGAAUCGGCCUUCAGGGAUACCCUGGGGAGAAGCCUGUAUGCCCCUGAAUUCAUGGUCGGACAUUAUGAUGUGGACCAGAUUGCAGAUUAUGUAAAUAAUCAUUACACCGCCGGACGUAUGGCCCUUGUUGGUAUUGGUAUCGAACAUGAUGACCUUCUUCAUUACGCCAAACACUUCAACCCCACUAGCGGCCCAGGAGUACCGACAGCACCAGCUAAGUUCUCUGGAGGUAACAAAAGGGUUGAGACAGGUGGCCCAGUCACCUUAGCAGCUAUUGCAACAGAGGCGCCCUCCCUGAACAGUAAAGACCUGCUGGCAUUGGGAGUUGUCCAGCAUCUGAUGGGCACUGGUCCAUACGUCAAGUACAGUUCUGGUGCAUCGUCAAAUAAGAUCGUCGCGGCUGCUUCUCAGGCAACGAACAGCCCAUUUGCUGCAUCUUGCUUCAGUGCCAGUUACAGUGACUCUGGUCUAUUCGGAUUCACAGUUGCUGGGCAACCACAAGACAUGGACAAGGUCCUAAAAGCUGCUGUUAAGCAAUUUGGACAAAUCACAAAGGGAAAUAUCGACGAGAAGGACAUUGUGAGAGCCAAGCAACAGUUGAAGAGUGCCCUCGCGAUGAGCCUGGAAUCAUCAGACGUAUGCCUGCAAGACUUGGCCCUCCAAGCUAUCAACCUGGGAGAGGUCCAGUCUCUUGAAGCUCUCUCAAAGGCUAUUGAUGCUGUGUCAGCUAAUGAUGUACUAACAGUGGCAAAGAAAGUGAUCACUGGAAAACCUACAAUGGCUGCGAUAGGCAGCCUGUCCAACACACCAUACUUGGACCAACUACUUUGAAAAUAGGAAAUUUAGUCAAAGACCUUUGUAAAUUCAUUGUAAUUAAAAUUUAAAAACAGUGCAAACUUGCGUAACGUGGAUUUCUGAACGACACCGCUGGAAACAAGCCUGAGUCAUCAUAAGUGGAAUGGAUGUUUGUUGGAAUUCUAUGACAGAUUGUUAAGAAUGGAACCUUCAAGAUGCCGUUCCGUUAUCUGUUUAAAAAAGUGCACACCUUUCAACCUUGGAACUGAUUUUCAACUUCCAUGCACUUCAUUCAGCAUGAGGAUGACCAUGACAAUCAGUGGCUGCAUUUGAAUGCCAGGUCUUCAAAUGCCUGUACACAUUAAAAACCUUGGUUUCCCCCACACGCUGUGUUAUUAGGUUGUUUCUACUUCUGACCUCUUAUUGGUCAAACCAAGUAUGAAUUAAAUCUAUACUUGGAUUUAAUCUAUACUUGGUCAAACAUAAGUCAAGGGGAAAUCAAGUGUUAAUUAACAAUUUCAUUAAAUAUAUUAUUUGUGUUGUCUAUUCAUCACACUGAACUUAAUUUUCAUCCAUGAUGAAGGAGUUAUACACUUGUCAUAAUAAUCCCUGAUACAUUGUACUUUCAUCAUGUUCUAUUGUGAUGUGCUUGUUACAUGUAGCCGGCAUUCCUUGACCUGCAUCACUGACUAGAUUUACACAUGUAAAUAGGGCAUUUCCUAUCGGGUGCUGCAACAAGUGGGCUCUCCGGAAAUAAAUGUUAUCAAUGAUCAGUGUGUUUGUGAUGAGGAAUGACUGGAAACCUGUAUCAAUAACAAUACGAGCAGUGUUAGUGUGUCUUUUGGAGUAGGGUAGACUGUUCUGUUCAAGCAGUAGGCCAUUGUGUUGUAAAAUAAAGUAUUUUGGUUUUCCAUU